AUGGCUAGGUAUUCCAAAAGUUCAUCUAAAUCUAAUGCUAAUAAUAAAAGUUUAGUACAACAAGUUGUUUUACCAACUUAUAAGUUAGAUUCAAAUCUUGUUUUAUUACCUGGUAUUAUAUAUAAUGUUACUUUUUCCAGAUUUAAAGCUGCUGCUUUAUUAUAUCGUUUUAAAGAUUUAGUAUCUCAAGUUUCAAUAAUAAAUAAUUUAUUAAGUGAAUAUAAUUUUGAUGAUAAUAAUACUGGUGAAGAACAAAUCGGGGAUUUUAAUAUUAAUCCUAGUGUUAUUUCUAAUGAUGCUAUUAAUGGUAUUACUCAAUUUUUCAAUCUUGAAAGUUUAAUAAACAAAAAGACUAGUAAUGAAGUUAAAGUUAUUGAUGAAGAUAAUAAAGAUACUGAUUUAAAUAAUGAAUUAGGUCCUAUCAAUGAAUUUGAUUGGUUAACUUUAGCUGUUUCACCAAAUUUGGAUAGAAUUAGAGACGGUAAAGGUUUAUUACAAACUGAAGAUUAUGCUAAUGUCGUUACUAUAGUUAAAAUUGUUGGAAUAGUUGAUGAUACUACAAAUAUUAAAUUAACUUUACAAGCAGUUACAAGAGGUGUUAAAUUGAAAGAUUCAAAAAUCAAACCAAAAAAUAAUGAAAGUUUGGUUUUAAUUGAUCGGAAUAAUGAAAUAAUGGAUUUAAAAAAUAGAUUUAAAACAUUAAAAACUAAUUAUAAUAUUUUAUAUAAAUCUAUCGAUAAAUUUUUGACUGAAUAUCGUCAAGCGCUUAAUAACAAUUCAAGUUCAAUAAAAAGUGGGAAUUUGACAUUAGCUAAAGAUGAGAAAGAGAACGAGGAUAAGACAAAUAGUCUGUUGUUUACUACAAAGCAAGACUUGUUAACUUUAAAUCCAUUGGCAAAUGCAUUAUAUUUACAAUUAGCUGGGUCAAAAAAUUUUAACAAAGCCUUCCAUAAUUUACAAAGAUUAUAUUCACAAUUUCAUUCAAGUUCAACUACACUUCCCACUGAAGAUUUGAAAAUAAAUAGCAAAACAUUUCUUAGAUUAAUUGAUUUAACAACUGCAAUUUUACCAUUCCCAAAUUAUGAAAAAUUGAAAUUAUUAAAUAAAUAUAAAAUUGAAGAAAGAAUCGAGUUGAUUAAUGAACAAAUUACCUUGUUGAAUAAAAUUUUUGAUAACUUAAAAGAAAAUAAUUCAUUUGCUAAUAAUUGGUUUCAUAAUGAAGCUUCAAAUAUGCAAAGAGCUAACGUUGUUGCAAAUCAAUUGAAGUCUAUAAGGAUUUUAUUGGAAGGAAUGACUAAUAGACAAAAAAAUCAACAAAGACAACAGCAGCCAAAUCAAAAUAAUCAACAAAGACAAAGCAAAGGAAAUAGUGGACCACAAAAUGGAGCAAGAUUAAAAGAAGGUGCAAAUGCAGAUGGAGAAGAAUUUGAUGAAUUAGAUGAUGAUAAUGAUGAAUUGAGAGCAAUUACCAAUUUUAUCAAAAACAAAUUACCAACAAUAACUACAUUAUCACCAGAUUCCAAAAGAUUAAUUGUAAAAGAUUUUAAAAGGAUAAAAUCAUCAGCAAAUUCUCCAGGUGGUGGUAAUUCAGAUUUUCAUGUAAUUAGAAAUUAUUUAGAAAUUGUUAUGGAUAUACCGUGGGAUAAAUACGUUACAAAGUUUAAAACUAACAAGGAAAUUGACUUAGUAUCUGCAAAAACACAAUUAGAUAAAGAUCAUUAUGGUUUAGAACAUGUGAAAAAGAGACUAAUUCAAUAUUUAGUUGUUUUGAAAUUGUUAGGUAUUCAUGCAUCAAAAAAUGUUGACACCACCGCAACUGAUGAUAAACAACAAGAUUCUAAUAAUCAAUCAAAUUUUUCAGGUAGUGGUAACAUAGUAAUUGCAAAUGGUGAUGAAACUUAUCAUGUAAAUCAAAAAGCACAAAAUCAAAACAAGAAAUCAAUAGGUGAUACCUCUUUGAAUAGUGAUGGUAUUUUAGAAUCUAUUAAGAUUUCUAAAAAUAAUAAAUCUCCAAUUAUUGCAUUAUCUGGACCACCUGGUAUUGGUAAAACGUCCAUAGCAAAAUCAAUAGCUUCAGCAUUAGGUAGAAAUUUCCAAAGAUUAUCAUUAGGUGGAAUAAAAGAUGAAAGUGAAAUUAGAGGUCAUAGAAGAACUUAUGUUGGUGCAAUGCCAGGAUUAAUUAUUCAAGCAUUGAGAAAAGCAAGAUGCAUGAAUCCCGUUAUAUUAUUAGAUGAAAUUGAUAAAGUCGUUGGCGGAGGUGGUGGUUCAAAAUUUAAUGGUGAUCCAUCAGCUGCGUUAUUAGAAGUAUUAGAUCCUGAACAAAAUUCAACUUUUAUUGAUCACUACUUAGGUUUUCCCGUGGAUUUAUCACAAGUUAUAUUUAUAUGUACUGCUAAUGAACCAUAUAAUAUGACCAGACCAUUAUUAGAUAGAUUAGAAAUGAUUGAAAUGGGUGCAUAUGAUUAUAAUGAAAAACUAGUAAUUGGACAAAAAUAUUUAUUACCAAGACAAAUUAAAAGAAAUGGAUUUCCUGUUAAUGAUAAUGAAAAUGAGUCUUCAAAUUUAGAAGAAUUUAUUAAAAUUGAUAACUCCACACUCAAAAAGAUUAUAAUUGAUUAUACAAGAGAAGCAGGUGUCAGAAAUUUCGAAAGAAAAUUAGGUACAUUAUGUAGAUUUAAAGCAGUUGAAUAUUGUGAAUGUUUAAGUAAUGAAUCCAAAACAUAUAAUCCAAAUAUUGAUGAAAAUGACUUAUCCAUAUAUUUAGGUGUUCCUUUCGCAAGUGGUGAUCUAACUGCAAAUGAUCAUACAUCAAUUGGAGAUUCUAAAAUCGGUGUUGUAAAUGGAUUAUCUUAUAAUUCAGAAGGUUCAGGUUCAGUUUUAGUUUUUGAAAGUGUCGGAUUUGAUAGAAGAACCGGUACGGAAAACACCAAUGAAAACGGAUCUGGUGCAACUUUAAAUAUGACUGGUAGAUUAGGUGAAACAUUAAUGGAAAGUGGUAAAAUUGGCCUUAUAUUCAUUAAACUGAUGAUUUUCAAAAAUUUAUUAAAAACACCAUCAAAUAAAUCCAAAAAUUAUUUAUUAAAUAAAUUUAAUAAUUUAGAUAUACAUAUGCAUGUUCCAAUGGGUGGUAUACCAAAAGAUGGUCCAUCAGCAGGUAUAACAAUGACUUUAUCAUUUUUAUCAGUAUUAUUGGAAAAACCAGUUCCUUCAAAUAUAGCAAUGACUGGAGAAAUUACAUUAAGAGGAUUAGUAUUACCUAUUGGUGGAAUUAAAGAAAAAAUGUUGGGAGCUCAUUUAAAUAAUGGUAUAAAUAAAAUGAUAGUUCCAAGAGAAAAUAGAAAAGAUUUAAUUGAAGAAUAUUUUAAAAUGAUUCAAGAAGAUGGUAUUGAACAAGAUAAUAAUCUUUUAAAUGAAAUAUUAAAAGAUAAUGAAUUCCAAGAUUUUAAAUUAGAUAUUGUUGAAAAAUAUUAUCAAAAGAAAUAUGGUAUAGAAUUAAAUUAUGCUCAUGAAUUAUAUGAUGUUAUUAAAAUUGCAUGGUGUGAUGAUGUUGAUGAAAUAUUACAAACUGGUAAUAAUCAAAGAAUGAUUGAAUAUCGUAUAUAG